GAAAUGUUCGACUAAAUUUUGUCAUCGAACUGCCAAAAUGAUUGUACUUCCAGAUGGUUCAUACGAGUGGAAGUCAAUUAUAAUCAUGACACUUAUUGUUACACACGCAAAAAGGAAUUAGAAUGUGCUAAAUUUCGCGAUGCGAUCCAGGAUUCGCUUUCUCGUCACUACGACAAGCUAAAAGACGUUUAUAACACUUAUGCUACUCUUUAUCCGAAAGCGGCUGAGUAAAUACCUUAUGCUACGUUGUUACCGAGCAUGAAAUUAUGGCGAAUAGCCACAUAUUCAAAAAAUCCAAAAACUAUGCCAGAAUUUGGAGAUCAAAUUCAGGCAAUGGAGAACAAAAAGAUUUUUGAAGGUGUCAAAGCCAAUCUGAAGUCUCGUGAAAUCAGAGAUGAAGAUGGAUACGUACAUAUGAUGUUUUAGGAUAAAAAAUUAAUCGAUGAAUAUUUUCAAGAUGUGGAAUAACUGCUCGGUAAUGCGACAUAUUAUACUUCACCCAAGAUGGAAGAAGAAAACAACCUUCAAUUAUUUUCUAUAAUGGGUAUAAAAUAUGGCCACAUAAGUAGUUUUUAAUAUAUCGAUUUUUUUUAUAUAAAUAAAUCUGAAGGAGUCAGAUAUAUUCACACUUUUGUUGUUUUUCUACAAAUGAUAACACUAAGUUUUCUGUGGGAGAAAGAAAUCAUGAUAAUAAUUAUGAUUUUAAAUGAGUGGUGCGUUGAUUUGCUUCUUUUGUAUUCUAUCAGGCUAUGACGUUUAUGUAUUGUAUAAUGACGAGAAAAACACAGAAAGCAUAUGAGGCUGUACUGAGUCAUUUCAAAACGAUAAUACAAAACGAGAAAAUAAAAAUUGUUAUGACAGACUGAAAGAGCUCUGAGAAAUGAAAUGGAAAAAGCUUUUCUCAAUGCACGUUGUGUAGGAUGCAACGUCCACUUUGACAGGGCAAUUUAUAGCCAGAUCAAAGCAUCGAAGUUGGUUGAUUAUUUGAAAAGUAACCCGGAAGCUAAAAAUUUUAUUAAAAAAUUCACGGUACUUGCGUUUUUGCCAGCUGAACAAAUAAGAGAGGCAACACUGUGCAAUAGAACGGACAAAAGAAUUCUUCAAAACUUAAAGGAUUUUUUAAAGUACGUCCAGAACUUUUGGUUGAAUUGCGUAAAGCUUGAAAAUUUUAGUAUUUUUGUCUUAUUGGUUCGCACUAAUAAUGCAAUAGAAGCUUCACAUAGUCAACUGAGGCAUAAAAUUGGGAAGCAUCCACAAGUAUGGGAUUUUGUUUUGUGGAAGAAAUAUUUAAUGAAUGAAAUAACGGCACAAGAAGUGUUAGAUAUGAUGGCGUCGUUAAAAGGGCACUUAUGCGAAAGAAUCAAACGAAUUAAAGAAGUGAAUGUAGAUGAUUUUCAUUCUAGUCAAAUGGAAUUUAACGCUUUAAAUCCAGAUUUCGAUGAACGUGUACUACAUAUGCUGACGCAAGCAGGAGCACUAGCUUUACCAAGGGAUAAUUUAGAGAAUCCAAACCAUGCAGUGAUUGAUGUAUUAAUCGAUGCCCCUGCUGAUGCCGAUGAAGAAGCAUUAUCAGUGCGUCAAAUUAAACAGAAUUGUAGCUUACGUAGAUAAAUGAUGAUUGUAAUAAUAUAAAUUAUAAAAUUCACAGAUGUA